ACGUUAUGAACAUAUCAAGUUUGAUCAUCAUGUUAGAAGUAUAAAAUAAAAUGGCUAAAAAACGAAGUAAGCUUUAUAGUAUGUAUUUGUAUAGAGUUUUAAUGUUUAUUUAUAAGCAAUUCUUGAAUUAAAGGAACAAGCUAUAUUUGUAUAUUGCUAAAUUAAAAAUUAUUAAAAUUAUCAUAGGUGCGAGUUCUAACCGAGUUGAAGACUUUGAAACGCGAGUUAAGAGUAAGGAAAUACCAGUAAGAAAACUUUAAAAUAGCAAAAUUUGUAGGAUUGUCUUAAAGCCACACAUUGGCCUUAUCACAUACUCUUAGGUCACGUGACAAUUCAGUGUAAAUUUCUAUAAAAGCAUGUUACUGCUAAAAAAGAUUUAAUAAUGACUCGAUUUGUCCUCCAGCAAGAACUGUAUAGAGACCUCUGCUCCUCAACCAGAAAAGACAAUAAUGAAAGAAAACGUUGUUUUGGAUCUUUGAAAUUUUAUAAAGAUGAAUUCCCGCUUUUGCAAUUUUACGAUAGAAAAUUCGUAAAAUUAGGAAGACACGAAAUAUCGGAAAGAAGUGAAAACCAAUCAUUCGCAAGCACCCAUUUAGAGAAAGUUUGGACCUUAUUGACCGAGCAUCGCUACUGGAAUCGACCAGUGCCCGACUUAAUUGUCUCAGUUACAGGAGAUGCAUUAGAUAUGGAUAAAAAAGUUAAAGGAGCAAAGUUUAAAUUUAGAUGGGGAAAAGAAUUAAGAUAUGUAGUAAAAAAUUCUGACUCGUGGGUUAUAACUGGCGGAACAGACGCUGGUGUCAUGCAGCAAACUGGAGAAUUGCUAAGAGCUCCUGAUCACGUAAUGGAUAUUGAAAAUGAUACUACAAUCAUAGGGAUUGCAGCUUGGGAGAGAAUAAUUGAACAAUCACGUAUGGAAGGAAAAGAGAGCUAUGUAGAAAAUCCUUUCAAAUACAAUUUAAAACAUGAAAAAAAAGGUUGCACACAUCUGAACAAAGACCAUUCUCAUUUUUUGCUUAUAGAUGAUGAAAAUGGAAAUUGGGGUUCUGAAGUGAGCUUUAGAACUGAUUUGGAGCAAUUCUUUCAUGAAAACAAAAACAUUCCGAUAAUAUGCAUUUCGAUUGGGGGUGGCCCUGGCACAUUAUCAACCAUUGUAAACAGCUUAAAAAAAAAUACUCCUGUUAUUCUUGUCAAAGGUUCUUCUAGAGUCACCCAGCUGCUGAUAUACUACCAUCAGUUGAAAAAUGGAGAUGAAGAGGCUGGAAAGAUUUCUGAAGAGGAUUUGAAAACGAAACUGACAGAAAGUUAUCAUGUAACAGUUAACAAUGGUUUUGAAAAAUUUUUUAGGAAUUUUAAAACGUUUAUUAAUUAUAUUGGUUCAAAUAUGAUUCAAAUAUAUGAUCCUGCUGAAGAUAGUCACACCCCUCUAGAUAAACUGAUUUUGAGAGCUCUGGAUUUAGAUAUUAAGAAAAGGCAGUGGCACGGACAAGAAAAUGAACAAGGAUGGAGAUCGACCAUGAAGUUGGCAGUUGAUUUUGAUGACUUGGAAAUCGUAAAAAGAUUAAUGUCAUAUAAAGAGAGUAAUAUAAAACUGAGUGAUUUACCUUUAGAAUUAGCCUUGCGAAAAAACCGAGUUGAUGUCAUAAGCGUUUUCCUGGAGCAGGAAGCUAAAUUGCGUCAUGGUGACGAGAGUUUUAAAGACUAUGAACUAGCUGGGCACCAUAAUUUUAAUGAAGAAGGGGUAGACGUGACAGAUAUUGUAAGUCUCUACAAAUGCUUUAUGGGAUCUCAAGCAAACGUUACGGAUAAUCUUUCUAAGAGUACUUUUAGUAAAGAUGCCGUCUUUGCAAAAGCAGAUGAUAUUUUCAUAUGGGCAGUUGCUCUCAUCAGAUGUGAUUUAGCUCAAAUCUUAUGGGAAAGAGUUGAACAUCCUCUGGCUUGUCUUCUUUUCGCAUGCAGGCUUUUGAAAGUUUUGCGUCAUAAUAUACAUCCCCUCGAUGAAAUAUAUGAGCAAACAGUAAUGGCUAGGAGCACUAUGCAGGAACUCGCCGUUAAUUUUAUUAAUUUGUGCGGUGAAGCUGAUGAGCGAAAUGCUCAAUUAUUGCUUGUUAGGCAAUUGCCAUCUUUUGGUAAUCAGUCACCUCUCUUGCUGGCAAGAAUGGCACAUCAUCGAGCAUUUAUCGUAACUGAUUCUUGCAAACAAGUCAUUGAAAGAGUUUGGAGGGGUCCCUGUAAAGCUGACAUGAGUUCAAUUAAGAUACUAUUCCUCACUCUGAUUGCACCUGUUAUUCCUCUUUCGCUACUUAUUUUUAAAUUUAUAAAUGAAAGCAACUUCCACCAAAUAAACGAUAAUGACGCAGUGCUGUUGAAAGCGAAAAGAACUAUAGAGAAAGGUUAUACAGCAACAGACUACAAAAAUUAUUGGUAUCAAAAUUUAAUUGAAUUUUAUAAAAGUCCAAUAGUAACCAUGUUUUGGACUUUCCUUGCUGACUUGGGAUUUUUUCUCAUGAUCUUGAUUGUUAUAAUAUUAGCUUACGGAAUUGGAACACAUGCCAUGUUAUACCCUGGUGAAGGAUGGGAUGGUAUAAGGGCACAGAAUUUACUCUUAAGACCAUAUUUUCAAAUGUUUGGAGAGUUAUUUGUGGACGAUAUAAGAGGCGAGAAUUUAUCAGUAUGUAAAAGUAACGCAUCUUCAGUUGCUGCAACGGAUUGCCCAAGUGAGUACGGACGACAAUUUGUGCCUUGGCUGUUGGGAAUUUAUAUUAGAAUGUUUACAGCUCUAAAUAUGACAACACCUCAGACUAUUGACUCAGAUCGGGAUAAAUUACUAAAUUCAUGGAACAUACAGCUGUCACUUUGGGAAGAUGACGUUCGUGAUAGCAAGGUGAAAGAUUUAAAAGCAAACAAAAGUAGAAAAGCUGCUGUCCUUAAUUUUCACAGAAGCCAAACUUUGCUUCAAACAAGAGAAGAAUGUGAAGAAUAA